CGUUGAAUGAGAUAAAAAUUAAGAAUAAAAGGAUUACCUCUGUUGUGAAGUCGUCAGAAUUUGAAAAAAAGUCGUCAAUCUCGUUGGCUUUCAAUGUUGUGAGUUGUUCUUUCCCAGGUCGUCCGCCAGUUAGAUCACCCGAUCUAUUAGCGCGUUCGAAGCGAUACAUUUUUGUCGGGGUCAGAAGAUGAGACAAUAUAUUGCUCUGCUCUGGGUACAAUUCAAGUACAAAGUAGAGCAAAAAGCAGUGACAAACCGUGUCACUUCAGACAGAAGAAAACAUAGAAAGUUCAGCUCGGGGCGGGAGCGGCUCUUUUUCAACGAUGGGUUUAAUAAGAAAAAGAAAAGAAAGAAAGUCCCUAAUGCGGCCGAUCCAGUUCGAUCACAUCGCCUGUAUCUGACAUGCAGGCCGUGGAGACCAUGCAGCUGGGAGGAGCGUUCCGAGAUAUUGGCCUCGGUGGGUGCGAUGCAGUCUUCCAGGGAAAAGGAAGAAGAUGACACAAGUGGAUGCACGACAAGUGGCUUAUAUCUUUUCACUGGGUCUUGGGUGAAAGUUCUUCAAGCAAUAGUAUCCAGUAUGGGGUACUUUUGGAGAUGGAAGAAUUCCAUUGGGCUACGUUUCCUCCUAUGCAUCCGUCCCAUUGAGGCAAGUGACCCUAGUGCUUUUAGUUGCGCGUGAAUCCGUGGAGUUGUGGCUGAGGAAGUGGGCCAUUUAUUCCUGGUCAUCCUCCAGAAGCGCCAAAGUGCAUACAUCACAAAUGUACGGGAUCCUGGAACUUAAUAGGGUGGCAUCUGCAC